AACAUUCAUUUUGGGAUAAAUGAGAUGAGGAAUCAAGGAGCCUGGACUUGCGGCAUGCAUCUACGGAGCACGAGCAGUUGAACCAUUCUCCUUGAGGCCACUACAGAAUGUGCUACGCGUGCACGGAUAAAGUACUUUGGUUUUCAUGUGAGUGCGUGCGUGUCCGCAGAUGGUCAGAAUAUAUGAUCAAUGGCUAUUUGAAUGUUUCAAUUUCAACUGGGACCCAGCUUUCUACCAUGCGGCACAGGGCUUUGAUCGCUGCCGACAGUCUGAAGCUCCGGCCCGCAACAACUUUGUCCCACCAAUUCGAAGCUUUAAAUCUGCAACACCACGAGAGUGAACUAAUAGCUAUAUACCAGCCUGCCACCUGCCAUUAUAUUUAGAACAGAACGUGCCUAGAUAGCGAAGCAUUUAGACUAAAUAGCUUGCUAUUAUGCCAGGGCCUUAACUAUAAACUACCUCCUUAGGAGUAGAUAGAGGCCCUUUCCAGAA